AUGUGCUGGGAGGGCACCCGAACCCAGAGGGGCAAACCAAGACCAAAGUUAGGCCAGGCUCAGGGUGCCAGGGCAGGGUCAGGGUACCAGGCCAGGCUCAGGGUGCCGGGGCAGGGUCUGGGUGCCAGGGCAGGCUCAGGGUGCCAGGCCAGGCUCAAGGUGCCAGGGCAGGGUCUGGGUGCCUGGGCAGGGUCAGGGUGCCAGGGCAGGGUCAGGGUGCCAGGGCAGGGUCUGGGUGCCAGGGCAGGCUCAGGGUGCCAGGGCAGGGUCUGGGUGCCAGGGCAGGGUCUGGGUGCCAGGGCAGGGUCUGAGUGCCAGGGCAGGGUCUGGGUGCCAGGGCAGGGUCUGGGUGCCAGGGCUGGCUCAGGGUGCCAGGGCAGGGUCUGGGUGCCAGGGCAGGCUCAGGGUGCCAGGGCAGGCUCAGGGUGCCGGGGCAGGGUCAGGGUGUCAGGGCAGGCUCAGGGUGCCAGGGCAGGGUCUGGGUGCCAGGCCAGGCUCAGGGUGCCAGGCCAGGCUCAGGGUGCCGGGGCAGGCUCAGGGUGCCAGGCCAGGCUCAGGGUGCCAGGGCAGGCUCAGGGUGCCAGGGCAGGCUCAGGGUGUCGGGGCAGGCUCAGGGUGCCAGGGCAGGGUCUGGGUGCCAGGGCAGGCUCAGGGUGCCAGGGCAGGCUCAGGGUGCCAGGGCAGGGUCUGGGUGCCAGGGCAGGCUCAGGGUGCCAGGGCAGGCUCAGGGUGUCAGGGCAGGCUCAGGGUGCCAGGGCAGGCUCAAGGUGCCAGGGCAGGCUCAGGGUGUCAGGGCAGGCUCAGGGUGUCAGGGCAGGCUCAGGGUGUCAAGGCAGGGUCAGGGUGCCAGGGCAGGCUCCGGGUGGUGCUGCUGGGAGGGAGGCUCAGGAUGGGAUUUUGGAAACCCUCGGAGCAGGGGGAGCUCUGGCUGCCCUGCAGACCCCGGCAGGCUCUGGGCUCCAGGCUGCUCCUCCUCAGCCCCUCCCAACAGCUGGGGGUGCAGUUUUGAGGUGAUUCCCCCUUUUUUGAGGUGAUUUCCCCUUUUUUGAGGUGAUUCCCCCUCUUUUGAGGUGAUUUCCCCCUUUUUUGAGGUGAUUUCCCCUUUUUUCCCCUUGCUAAUCCAGCACCAGGCUCGGUCCCUGCUCCUGUGCUGUGUGGGGACAGCUCUGAUCCUCCUCUGUCCCCUCGGGUGACAUUGCUCAGAAAACCCAACCACAAAACCAGCCCUGAACCUGCUCUGCUGAGCUCUCUGCCCAGGCAACCCUGGGAUAUAUCAAUUUCUGGAUUAUAUUAAUUUCUGGAUUAUAUUAUUUUCUGGAAUAUAUUAUUUUCUGGAAUAUAUUAUUUUCUGGAAUAUUAAUUCCUGGAAUAUUAAUUUCUGGAAUAUAUUAAUUUCUGAAAUACAUUAAUUUCUGGAAUAUUAAUUUCUAGAAUAUAAUAUUCUCUGGAAUAUAUUAUUUUCUGGAAUAUAAAUUUCUAGAAUAUAUAAUUUUCUGGAAUAUUCUGGAAUAUUAAUUUCUAGAAUAUAUAAUGUUCUGGAAUACAUUAUUUUCUGGAAUAUUAUUUUCUGGAAUAUAAAUUUCUGGAAUAUAAAUUUCUAGAAUAUAUUAUUUUCUGGAAUACAUUAAUUUCUGGAAUAGUAAUUUCUGGAAUAUUAAUUCUGGAAUAAUUAAUUUCUAGAAUAAUAAUUUCUGGUAUAUUAAUUUCUGGAAUAUAUAACUUUCUGGAACAUAUUAUUUUCUGGACUAUUUUAUUUUCUGGAAUAUUAAUUUCUGGAAUAUUAAUGUCUAGAAUAUAUUAUUUUCUGGAAUACAUUAAUUUUUGGAAUAUUAAUUUCUGGAACAUAAUAUUUUCUGGACUAUUUUCUUUUCUGGACUAUUCCUUUCUGGAAUUCUCUCAGCUGCUGGCCUGAUUUCUCUGCCUGAUGUUGAGGAAUAAAUGCAGGAUUUCCCUCCAUUAACCCUUCAGCUUUUAUGGAUGUAGAGAGAAGCUCUGCUGCCCUUUCUGGUGUCCCAUCACCACUGAAUCCCCAGGAAAGAAUUCCCUAGAGGAGGAAUCUGCCUCUCCUGGUGGCUCUGUCCAUUAAAUAUGGUCAGAGCUGUGCUUGGGCAGUGGCCAGGGAAGAAUUUCAUUUAAAAUGAGGAAGAUUGAUGGAAAAACAACAAAAGAACCAAACCUCUUCCCACUGGUUGCACUGCACUGCACGCCCACUCUGCAGCUGAAAAUCCUGGUUUGCUCUUUUAUCCCAGGAAAAAAGACUGUCUGAAUUAUUUAUAGUUCCUAUAACUGACAGAUGUCGGCCUAAUGGAUAAAUUAUAUUUGGUUAAAUAAAAUGACAUUUAUUUAUCUGCA